AUGGCCGGCAGUGACAACAUCAACAGUAGUGGCAUACUGAACAGUGCCACAGGGGUCAUCAUUGUGUUUUGUCUCAUCUCUACAUCAGCAGCAAGAUGGACCAGUGAUCCCACAAUACUGAAGACCAGUCUUACCUUAAGCUGGGACGACACCGGCGUGGACAACUCGUUUGUAAAGUUCGUGGUUCAGCUGUACAGGAGCAAGGACAGGAACUGCCCUCUUGUAGACGUACCGUUUCCAGACCAGACCCUGACAAGUGUUCGAACUACUCUGUCCAACCUGCAGCCAGACACCACGUACAACCUUUCCGCCACGGCAGUGGCCAAGGGCAGGACGGGCCAGGCUAAGGUUGUAACCUUUACAACAGAGGCUGUCCCCGUUGAUCCAACACUCGUUGGUUCCGUCACGACCGCCCUCGUAGUCACCCUGAUCGCGGCAGCCUUCUGUACCGUGUGGAUAGUCAGGCGGCGCAAGUACAAGUUAGACCCGGCACAGCUAUUCAAGGAGGUUCUUGAGGAUAUCGUCGGUUCUGAGAAGAUGGAGCCAUGGCUGAAGAACAGAAAGGACCUGUUUCUUGAGGAGCUGAUCGGAGAGGGAGAAUUCGGUCACGUGAGGAAGGGCGUACUGAAGGAAGAUGGACAACAGGCCGUCAUUGUGGCUGCCAAGACGCUCAGAGUGGACCGAGCUAACGAGAUGACCUACCGGGACUUCGCAAAAGAAGCGAGCCUGCUGAUGGAGGUCAACAAUGACGGGGGUCACGUGAACAUCGUCAGUCUGGUUGGACUGGUAGUGGAUGGAGUAAAGAAGAAAGAUCCGCGAUACAUUCUUGUCGAGUACGCCGAGCCAGGAGAGUUACUCUGGUACCUGGUGAACGUCCAGAACAACCGGCACCAGGCUGGCUCUCCGCCGGGCUUAGGACGACAGCUCACCGAGGUGGCCAUCGACAUUGUCCGAGGGAUGGUCGAGCUACAACGCCGUCGGAUCACCCACCGUGACCUGGCGUGUAGGAACAUCGUCCUGUGUUCUCCUGACGGACAGGCCGGCCGGCUGGUCGCUAAAAUCUCCGACUUCGGACUGGCCCGUGACGUGUACGUGACGACACAGUACAUGAGACAUCCUCUGACAAAUGUGCUGCUUCCAAUAAAGUGGAUGGCGAUAGAGUCUCUGAUUGAGGGUGUGUACAGCUGCAAGAGUGACAUGUGGGGGUUCGGAGUCGUGCUGUGGGAGAUAGCGACUUUGGGAGGAACUCCUUAUCCCGAGGUUUAUGGGUACGAGACUCUGGUAACGAGGCUCCGCCGAGGGUACCGUCUGCAGAAACCGAACGGAUGUUCAGAAGAGCUGUAA